AUGUUAAUGGAGAACGUUUCCGAUUAUUUGGGGGUACGCAAUCUUACUCGAAAGUAUCCAACAUUAUCGAAGCGAUUCGUCUCCGGUGAUGAGCUCUACCACUUGAUAAACAUCGGCAUAAUCGAUAAGUCGCUGAGGGACAUCAGUCUAACGGCUCUUGUCGCGAAAGAAGUACUUACUUUAAUGUCAGUGGAAUAUCCGGAUCGAUUUUUGAUAAAAGCUGACAGCUCGAAAUAUGCAGAGCUCCGUGAGAGGGUCAUGCAUUCGGUUGCGGAAUGGAACUCGGAACUGUGUAGGGAAAGAAACCGAGGAAAGCGAUGCUUUUUCGAUAUUCAAACGAUGGUCGUCCAGCGGCCGAGGCCUCCUACGGUUUGCGUGGAAAAUCCUGUCGUUGAUCCGUAUCCGGCCACUAUCCUUGAAGGGCAGUUCAACAGCUACUUCAAGAAGUAUGCUGUUUUUCUUAAAUUUGUUAAAGUUUUGUUUUUGCAUCCUAUCUGUAGGUACUCUACUGAAGAGCUAUUCGCUUUGCCCUUGAACACCGUUAUUAGAGCUGAAGACUACUUUCCAAAUGCCGCUUCUCGUUCUCCUCCUCCAAUAACUGUUCAUCCGAGCGAACUUCAGUUGGAUUUAAAAGAGGACAUCGCCCCACCUUCUCUGAAGCACGUCGGUUCGAGGACUAAAAUACGGAAAGUAUCGUCUUCUUCGGAUAUCGGAGCGGAAGACAGCAGGGGCGAGGACAAGAUGCUUUUCUGCGACAAAUGCGAUCGCGGCUACCAUACGUUUUGCGUGGGGCUUUCAGAGUUGCCCAGUGGCCGUUGGAUUUGCCCGAAAUAUUGCAUGAAGGCUGUUCAUCAAAUGACUGCCGGAAACGAUUCAUCGUCAAAUCAGGAAAUUAUUGUUCAAUCUCAUUCUACCGAUCUCACCGUCACCGUCGCCUCUCCCAAGCAGACGAAUGCUUUGCGUACGAAGAGAGCGGCGAGGACUACGUAUCGAAGCCUUCGUCGUAGUCGAUAUCGUCGUUGA